UCUCUCAAGUUCCACGCAGCCGGAGUCGAUGCUGAUUUCAUGAGCAUUUGAAUUUGUGUGCUUUCCUUGUGUAAUUGUACCCGCAAUUCCUGAAAGAGAGACAAAACAUCAUGAGUUUAUUGAAUUCAACUUUCUCAUCUCCUACUCCGGAGACCUAUUGGGGUCAUUUUGAAGACAUCUCCGGUUACAAUGCCCACCUCAACGUUCUUGAGCGCCUUUGGGCAGCUUGGUACGCCUGGAUGCAGAAUGAUGUUCUUGCGACCGGUAUUAUGUCGUUUGCUAUGCAUGAACUGGUUUAUUUCGGACGCUCCCUGCCGUGGAUCUUCAUAGAUAGCCUGGGCUUGUUUAAAAAUUAUAAAAUCCAGAGUAACAAAAUACCUUCUUUGCGAGAGCAGUGGGAUUGCGCCAAGUACGUUCUCCUGAGCCACUUUACCGUUGAGUUGCCACAGAUCUGGCUAUUUCACCCCAUGGCUCAGUUCUUCGGCCUUUCGACUUCCGUUCCUUUCCCUUCCAUGUGGACCAUGGCUUACCAGAUCGCAAUUUUCUUCGUUUUGGAAGACACGUGGCAUUACUUUUCGCAUCGUGCCCUCCAUUGGGGCCCUCUCUAUAAGGGGAUACAUAAAAUUCACCACCAGUAUUCCGCCCCAUUUGGCAUGGCAGCUGAAUAUGCGUCACCUAUUGAAGUCAUGAUCCUUGGCUUUGGUACCGUUGGGUGUCCAAUUCUUUGGUGUGCCAUGACUGGGGACCUACAUAUCUUCACCAUGUACGUCUGGAUUGUGUUGCGACUAUUCCAAGCUAUCGACGCGCACAGUGGCUACGAGUUUCCCUGGAGUCUUCAUCACUUCCUUCCAUUCUGGGCCGGCGCUGAUCAUCACGACCUUCACCAUGAAAAAUUUGUCGGCAACUAUUCAAGCAGCUUCAGGUGGUGGGAUUUCCUCCUCGACACUGAAUACACCCCAGAGGCGAUCAAGCGCAGGAGGCAGCACAAAGUUAGCAGUGGUUCUAAGAAGGCACAAUGAUCUGGAAGAAGACCUUGGCUGGUUUUUACUUCGCUAACGGCUCCUGGUUUGAGGAUGGCGUCGACGCCGACAUGAAUAAUAUAGUAAUGGUCCAUGUUUUUUUUGCCCACAUUCCUGUCCCCAUUUUAUAGAGGCGGGCAGCCUUUUUUUUUUCC